AUGUCUAUCACCUCGCACCACUCGGACUCAAGGCAGGCUCUCCUGUUCGAUGCUGAUAGGGAGUCGCGAACAGACGACACUGAAAGCAGCGUCGACACCUUCGAAAUGUCGGGUCUCGAAGAGAUUCCAGUCACGCCAGCUCGCCGACACCCCUUUGGACCCACGCAUUACGGCUCGGACGGUCAUGACUCGGAAGAGGACUUGGAUUCCGAGGACCACGGUGACCAAGCACUUCUUGGCUCGCACUCGCGCUCCCGCAGACGAGAGCGGAUAGAGGAGCAUCCUACCGAUAUUUUAAGCCAGGUGAAACGUAUUGUGCUCGAGACUGCGCCUACACUACUACUGACCACUAUUGGUCUACUGUUUACCGGAGAGAUACUGGAUUCCGUUUCGCAUUGGAAAGCUAUGACUCGCAUAGACGAAUUGAUCAUGAUCAUCCCCGUCAUCUUGAAUCUCAAGGGCAACCUCGAGAUGAACCUCUCUGCACGUCUCGGUACCUCUGCGAACAUGGGCGAUCUCGACAUUCCCGAAAAGCGCCGCUCUAUCAUUCUGGGCAAUUUGACUCUCCUACAAGUCCAGGCCACUGUCGUUUCUUUCUCUGCCGCCAUCGUAGCCUUCGCCAUGAGCAAGGUCGUUCCCAAUACACCCAGCUUCGAAGCCGAACCCCUCACAGGUGCGGAAGACGGCGUCGUCGCACGACUGAUCGCCCGAGGUGUACACAAAGCCAAGCCUCACAGGCCAGCUAUCCCUCCCCCACCCUCGGGCUCGGCAGAAUUUAUCAUGGUUGCCUCCUCUGCCAUGUGCGCGGCGUGCCUGUCAAGCAUUCUCUUGGGGUCGUUUAUGUGUGGCCUAGUUGUAUUGUGUAGACGGCUUGGCCUUGAUCCUGACAACAUUGCUCCACCAGUUGCAGCUUGCCUCGGAGACCUCGUCACGCUCUCAUUACUGGGCGUUAUUUCUGAAGCUCACCUGGGCAUCAUUGACACGCCCGUUCCUCUCAUAUUCGUCAUCACCCUUGCCGUCGCCGCGAUUGGAUGGGCGAUCGUAACGAACCGUAACGAAAACGUGCGGCAUCUGCUCACUGAGGGCUGGACGCCUCUCUUCGUCGCCAUGGCCAUCAGCAGCGGGACCGGCAUCGUCCUCGACUCGUUCGUUGAGCGCUACAGCGGUUUCGCCCUUCUCGCGGUAGUCAUUGCCGGUCUUCCUGGCGGAGUCAGCGCAAUUUUCGUGUCGCGCCUCUCCACUGCCCUGCAUGCAGCAACCGCGAAAGCGUCCUCAGUAAUGGCGUCUGUGACCGAUCUCCAGGAGGAGAGGCAUCACCCCAAGCCACGCCUCGUCAUGCUUACACUCAUCGGCGUCAGCCUGCCCGUCGAGAUCUUCUUCCUUGGCUGCGUGGUCGCUCUCGGCUGGAUACAUCUCCCUUUUCUGUUUAUCAUUUUCAAAGUCAUAUUUUUCCUCCUCGCUAUCACCAUCUCACUAACCAUUGCCCAACUCACGACCACAUUCCUUUGGAAGCGGAAACUGGACCCAGACAUGUACGCGCUGCCGUUCCAGUCCGCCCUUACCGACCUCAUCGGCCAGUCGCUAUUGGUCGCGUGCUACGAAGUCGCCUCGUUGCUGGGCGUCAAGGUGGCACUUAAACACAAACACCGGUGA